AUGGCCACAACUUCAAAAGAGAUCGAAAACUUCGAUGAUUUAUUAACGUGCACUAUCUGUUUAGAAACAUUCAAAGUUCCGAAGUAUCUACCAUGUCUUCAUACUUUCUGUGAAACAUGUAUUGACACCUACAUUGUGUCAUCAACCAAAAAGGACAAUACUUCCGAAGGGUUUAAGUGUCCAGUAUGCCGAAUGUUUGUGCCAUUCAAAGGAACACAUGAGGAUCCACAGGCUUGGGCUUCAAAGCUACCAAGGAACCAUUUUGUCACGUCGAUGUUGGACAAGCGAGCGAUUCAAAGGUCUGAAAAAAUUUGUAAUUCAUGUCAUGUAAAAAAUAAGACAAAGGAAGCCGUUUCUUGGUGUACCACCUGUGAGGAGGGGUUUUGUGGACAGUGUGAAGAAUAUCACAAAUCAUUCAAGAUUACAUCAAAACAUACAGUAAUAAAUGUUCAAAAUAUUCAGUCGGACCAAUCUGGUUUUCAGAUAACUGGGGCAUUGAGUUGCGAAGAUCAUGCAGACAAAAUCGUAGAAGUUUUUUGUGUGGAUCAUUCAAAGCCUUGCUGUACCUUGUGCGCAACACUUACACAUCGGAAAUGUGAAAAUGUAAUAUCGAUUCAAAAUGCUGCAAUUGAUAUUAAGCAAUCCAGUCAAACCACCGAAUUGGUAAGAAAGCUGAAGGAAAAUGGUAAGGGAAUAAAUGAAAUAGUUCAAAAUCAAACGCAGACCUUUGAAAGUAUUCAAACUGAAUAUGAAAAUAUUCUCCAAGAUAUAUCAAAACUUAAAGAAAGGGCAAUUGAAAACCUAAAUAAAAUAGAAAAUCAAAUAAAAUUUGAAUUGUCUUCAUCUAAAAAGCAAGUCGAUCUAAAACUGACCGAUGAUAUUGACAAAUUUUCCAAUUAUAAAAGCAUCGUAAAUAAUUGGGAACGAAUGCUCCUUGGCACUAUCAGAGGUGGAUCUGACCAACAAUGUCUAUUAGAAGUGAACAAAAUUGGUUUAAAAUUCACUGCACUCGAAGAAGAAAUGAAUGAGGCUGUAAAAAGGAUAAAAUACGUUUCAUUUCGUUUCGUACCAUCUGACCAGAUGACAAAAUUAACAAGCAGUACAGGGUCAUUAGGGAGUUUUAAGAUUCAUGAACAGUGUCUGGAAAGAACUAGUACUAGUGGUACGUUACUGAACAAAUCUGUCAAUUUUCGCACUGGAGUUAUAAAGAUAGUACGAACUAUCGCUGCUGACAAUUUAGGACAGGUAAGCGCAAUAUUUGUUCGUGAUUAUGUAAUUACAGCAAGAAACAACAUUAAGACGGUUGAAAAAUAUAGCAUCGAUGGAAACUUUCUCGCCUCGUUAGCAAUCGAGUGCGAUCCUACUGAUGUUACCCACGUUAAUCAGAGUCAAGUGGCUAUUUCAUCAGUGCAAGGUAAAGUCCUGAUAGUCGACGGUACAGACUUGAAGUUAUUACAGUCAUUAAAUUUGCAGGAUACAUCUGUUUAUGGAUUAUGUUUUGUUGAUAAUGAUCAAUUUAUUGUAGCUUGUUUAUCAACAUUGACUUGGAUAAGUUCAUCAUCGGGUAAGAAAAUAAAAGAGAUGCAAACUUCUGGCUCUUCGUUUUUUGUAUCAACAUCAGACAAGGAAGGCUGUAUUUGUGGUGAUGGGGGUCAUUCAGUCUCACAUAUAGUUGGACAAACAAGAAGUUUCACAUACUCGAGUUUGCAGUUAUCUAGUCCUAGAGGAAUUGGAAUAGACUUUGAGGGUAAUAUAUACAUCGCUGGAUUUACUUCUAAAAAUAUUCAUCAAAUUACAAAUGACGGUAAAUUAAUCCGUGUGAUACCGAGUGCAACUUUGGGAGUACAAUCUCCAUGGACAAUACGAUUUCAUCAUAUCACUAAUCAAUUUCUUGUCACGUGUUACGCUUCAGGAAAAGUGCUACUGUGUGAAAUAGAUUGACAUUAUAGUUGUAAAGCUCCACUGAAUUUUUAUUUGUGUCACUACGAGUGGUCGAGUAUGCAUAUUCCUUACUAUGUAUAUAUCAAAGCAGCAUCAACAUUCUAUAAAUGAUUUAAUAAUGAAGUCUAUCCAUCCUAUUGUAAAACGUACAUUUUAUGUACAUCUCGUUAUUGCAUGGAUUUAAGACAUUAAAACAAAUGCUUAUUCAAUUCGGUGUCGAUUUGUAAAAUCGGUGCUUCAAAGAGAAAAUCUCAUUUAUUACUAGGUAAUAAAACAGUUGCACGAAUGAAACAGCUAAAGGGAAUAACAAAUAUACUAAAUUCAAAGUGAAAUAUGUUUAACAUCGAAUAAAUGUUCAACAGAAUCAACAAGUUGUACAACUUGGUUUUGGCAAAUAUAAGUAUCUGUCACAUCACUGACUAAUCUAACACUCAGUUCUGAUCAUUUUCAAAUUUGAUAACUAUUGACUUUUCGGUUACACGUUGACCGAUUAAUAUAUUCGAGGAUAUUCAACGAUCUUCUUGAAAAUGUCUGAAACCGAAGAUUCUCACAAUUUUCUUGAUGUCACAAAAAUAA